UCCCGCAGCCUGGCCUGCCCUUAUCCAACGGCGGGAGAUGAGCUCUACUACCAGUGGUUCGCGGCGGUCCUCUUUGGCGUCUGCGGCAUUCUCACUUAGCUCAGCAUGGACAAGAAGCUCCACAGCCUCCUCUCGGCGUGCAAGCUCCCCAGGUUCGCGGCCUGCUAGCUCCGCAAGCUCCACAGGCUCGGCAGCUUCGGCAGGUUUAGCAGGCUGCAGCCAUGGGGAGAGAGAAAUGGUUAUCUACUGCGACACCUGCUCGCUGCCACUAUGCGACGAGUGCUUGGAGGGUGACACACACCCUGGACACAACUUUAAGACAAUAGAGGAGGCAUGCCAAGACCAACAGAAUAAACUUGCAGAGCAGUUACGUUAUUUACGGGCCAAGCUUGCUGAGCAGGGAGACAUUCAACAAUGGACGAGAAGACAAAAAGAACACCUUGAAGGGGAAAUCAAGCAGGCGCGCGAUCACCUCAACAGGCAGUAUGAGCAGCUCACGACCCUGCUGACAGGCAAUGAGGAGCAGGCCAUGCGGCUGCUGGACGUCCAGAGGGAUAGCCAGAGGAAACCUCUGUAUCGCCUGCAGGAGGACACCGAGAGGUACAACACCCAGGGGAAGAGACUCCAGGAGCAGAUAGCGAGCUUGAAAGACCGCAUCAAAAGCACAUCAUCUGCUGACGGACAAAAGCCAUCGGCAUCGUAUUACGCAGACAUACUGGUAAGCCUGGAAGCAUUUUCUACAGUAGGCUAUAUAGUAGUGGUGUCAACAAUAAUCGAUUCGGCAAUACAUCGCAAUGCGGGGCAGGACAAUUCAAUUCAAUUCGGCAAGUGCCAUAAUCGAUGCGGCAUACUUUUUCAAGUUUCAAUUACUUCUGUGUAUAUUUCCGGAGCAAGUUAACAUUU